UCUCAAAAAAAAAAAAUUCACCCCGCAAAAAGGGGAAUCCACCGAGGCCGCUUCGGCUUCCACUUCCUUUCCUUUUCCGGAAAGCGAAAGAACCCCUCCUCGCUGUCGCCGGCGACCCACCGGCCGGCGACCGCCAUGGUGCAGGCUCGCCAGGGCUCCGCCGCCUCCCCUGGCGACGGCGGCAGCGGCAGCGGCGGCGGGAGAGGGAGAGGGAGGGGCGGCGGCCGCGGCGAGAAGCGCCCGUCGCCGUCGGCAUCCCCAUCGUCCGCCUCGCCGCAGUCCGCUUCCCCGACCAAGCGCAGCAAGGCGGAGGCGGCGCCGGCCGCGGCGGCGGAGACGAGUACGGGGCCAGCGGAGGCGCAGGUAUCGAGGGAGCAGUGUCAGCCGCCAAAGCCGUGGGCGAAGCUGCUGUCGGAGAGCUCGCAGACUCCUCAUGUUCCUAUAUUUGGCAAUGAAAUUUCUGUUGGCAGAGGUGACAACUGUGACAUAUAUUUGGGUGACCAAUAUGUUAGCAGAACUCUAUGCAUAUUGCGGCAUCUUGAGCAAGGAGGUCAAUGUGAGUUAGAGGUCACAGGGAAAAAUGGUCGGGUUGAAGUAAACGAAGGAACAAUCAGCCAAGGCACCAAAGUUCCCCUCAUAGGAGGAGAUGAAGUUGCUUUCGGUGGACGUGGACGUUGCAGGCAUGCCUAUAUUUUUCUGCAUCCUCUAAGGGAUAAUAAAGUUACUGAAUCAGUGCCAAUCACUGCUGAACCUCUGGGGGCUAAUGGCAAGAGUAUUCACUUAGUAAACAGAAAAGGUGACAAUUCAGCUGAUGCUGGAGCCACCAUAUUAGCAUCUGGACUUAAUCAUUUCGAGGACACAUUAGCAGUCCCUACUGCAUCAUCUGGAGAGAAUAACCAGAGAGUCGCAGAAUCUGCUCUUGAAAAUCAGAGCGAUUGUACCAGGUUUCUUAAUCCAUCAGCCAAUUUGCCUACGAGCGGAUGUCAAUCGUUUAAGGAUGGGCUGAAACAAGGAAUUCUUAGCCCAGAUGAUAUUGAAGUAACCCUUGAUAAUUUCCCAUAUUAUCUCAGUGAGAAUACAAAGAACAUACUCUUAUCAUCUGCAUUCAUACCCAUGGAAAAGAAGGAGUACAUGAAAAGCUUGCAAAACAUUUUAUCUCUAAAUCAGCGAAUUCUAUUAUCUGGUCCAUCAGGGUCCGAAAUUUAUCAGGAAACAUUGAUAAAGGCACUUGCAAAGCAUUUUGAUGCUAGACUUCUCAUAGUUGAUUCUCUUAUUCUGUGUCAUGAUUCAUCAAAAGCAAAAUCCAACAAAAUCACUUUCAGAGAAGGGGACAGGGUAGAGUAUACUGGUCCUGGUUCGUUGAAGUUGACACCGAGGGGCCCAGCUUACGGUUUUCGAGGCAAAGUGGUUCUUGCUUUUGAGAAAAACAUGUUCUCUAAAGUUGGAGUUAGAUUUAACAAUCAGGUCCCCGAUGGUAAUGAUCUCGGAGGUUUUUGCGAGGAAAAUCAUGGCUUCUUUUGUCGUGCUAGUGAACUUCGGCCAGACUCUUCUGGUAGUGAAGAAGUUAGUAGCCUUGCUUUAGGCCAGUUAAUUGAGGUCAUUUCAGAAGAAAGCAAAAGCAGCAAUUUGAUUGUGUUACUCAAAGAUGUAGAGAAGUCAUUCACUGAAUGUACAGAAUCGCAUGAACCACUUAGAAGCAAACUUCCACCUGGUGUUCUGAUAUUUGGGUCUCGGACUCAGGCAGAGAGCUGCAAGGAUCAGUCACAUCCUGGAGGAUUUCCUUUUCCGAGGCUUCCUAGUGCCAACCAGAUACUAAGUAAUAUUUUCCCGGAUAGCUGGGGAAGUAGAUUGCAUGAAAUAAGCAGAUGUGCUACAGAGUCAACAAAGCAUCUAGAUGACCUUUUCCCUAAUAAAAUUUCCAUUGAACUUCCGCAGAAUGAAGCACAGCUAUCAGAUUUGAAGAAAAAACUAGAGUGCGAUACUGAAACCCUUAGAGCUAAAGCCAAUGUUCUUAAUAUUCGUAAGUUUCUGACCAGCAAAGAAAUCGAAUGCAACGAUCUUGAAGAAUUAUCCAUCAAAGAUCGAUUACUGACUAACGAAAAUGUGAAUAAGAUUGUGGGAUAUGCUGUUAGUUAUCAUUAUCUGCACAAUAAAUCCAAUUUACACAAGGAUGGCAAAAUGGUACUUCCAAUUGAAAGCCUCAAGCAUGGAUUGAGUAUAGAACAGAACACACACAAUGGAAAUAAAAGCUCAAAGAAUGCACUAAAGGAUGUGGUCACAGAGAAUGAGUUUGAGAAAAAACUUCUGUUAGAUGUUAUCCCUCCUAACGACAUUGGAGUUACCUUUGAGGACAUCGGAGCCCUGGACAACGUGAAAGACACACUGAAGGAAUUGGUGAUGCUCCCUCUACAAAGACCUGAAUUUUUCAGCAUAGGGCUGCUAAGAAAGCCUUUGAAGGGAAUACUGCUCUUUGGACCCCCUGGAACAGGUAAAACAAUGCUCGCAAAAGCAGUAGCUACUGAAGCAGGUGCAAACUUUAUCAAUGUAUCAAUGUCAAGCAUUACAUCAAAGUGGUUAGGAGAAGCAGAGAAAUAUGUGAAGGCAAUUUUCUCUUUGGCAAGUAAAUUAUCUCCUGCGGUAAUAUUUGUUGAUGAGGUUGACAGUUUGCUAGGAAAGAGGGAAAAUCCAGGAGAGCACGAAGCAAUGCGCAAGAUGAAAAAUGAAUUUAUGAUAAAUUGGGAUGGUUUGCGUACUAAAGAGCAAGAACGUGUAUUGGUUCUUGGAGCCACAAAUAGACCAUUUGACAUUGAUGAUGCUGUUAUUCGAAGGUUUCCUCGCAGAUUGAUGGUGAGCCUUCCUGAUGCAUCAAAUAGAGAGAAGAUUUUGAAAGUAAUACUAUCCAAAGAAGAGUUGGGAUCAGAUGUGGACCUUGAGUUACUUGCCAAUAUGACUGAUGGAUAUUCGGGAAAUGACUUGAAGAAUCUCUGUGCAGCUGCAGCACUAUGCCCCAUUCGGGAAAUCGUAGAGAAGGAAAAAAAGGAGAUGAGUUUGGCCAGAGCUGAAGGUAGGCCUGAGCCUCGGUUGUAUGGAAGCAAGGACAUUCGUGCUCUUGGAAUGGAUGACUUCAAAUUUGCCCAUAACCAGGUGUGUGCUAGCUUCCCACCUGACUCAAGAAACAUGAACGAGCUUCUCCAGUGGAACGACCAGUAUGGCGAAGGCGGGUCGAGAAAGAAGGCAACACCAACCUACUUCAUGUAGUUGAACAUAGAAAACAACAGUAUUUGUACAGUUGCUAUACUACCCCCUGGGCAUAUAUGUCCUCGCAAGUUGGUGGCAUGCCCAAACCAGUCGAGUUUUUCUCUGCUCCAAUCUUCAGGAGCAGCUGCUUCCAACGCUCCCUUGUAAUUAGAUUGCUUACCCAAGUAUCUGAGAGUCGAGAUUGACAUAUUGUUCUGCUGUUCUAACCGAGAUCUAUAGUCAUUGCCCUAUAGCUCCCUAUUCUUUUCUUUUACUUUCCCCUUUCUGCUGCUAUUCUGCGAAUUGGCUAAGGCCUCGUACAUGUAAAGAAGAAAGAUGUGGGAAUAAGAUCACCGUAAGUUGGUGCUGAUUUGAUUGAUUGUUGCA